UGAUUACAGGAUACUUGAUUUGUGAGUUGUGACUUUUGUGAACUCCAAUUCGAGAAAGGAAUUAUAUAGCAGAUCAACUGAAGUUUGGGGGGCCAUGGCGGAGGGCGACAAGGGCGCUCAAACUCCAAAGAUGAGACAUCGUCCCAUCGUUCGAAUUGGGAUUUUCCUGAUCUCUCACAGCUUCUUCGUCUGUGUUGUUUGCUGUACUGCAGGGAUUGUGGCUCUUUUGCUGCUACCCGUUUUGGCUAAGAACACCUAUGUUUCUGAGAACGCCCUCAUGCCUGGUUCAGCCAAUCCCAUGUUAUCUAUUCAAGAUGUUGCAGAGGCAGAUCGAUUGGUCAAGGAUAUGAUUGGCUUGAAAGAAAAGUCUGAAGAAGCGGGAAAGGAAAUUCCGAGAUUGAUAGCGCAGAAUAUGGCAGAUUUGGGUGUUGAAGUUUAUCAUCAUAAGUUCCAUCAUCAAACAAAUCACUUUCAGCCACUGGACUUUUUUUCUGGUAAUUCUAAUUCUGGGAAAAUCACAGAGAAUAGUAGUUGCGCAGUUUAUGGUAUCAACACUGUUGGAAUAAUUAGAGCACCUCGUGGUGAUGGGAAAGAAGCUAUUGUCUUGGUUACCCCUUACAAUCCGGUGAAGAUUGAACUGAGUGAGGCUUUGUCAGUAGCCCUUGCCUACUCAAUAAUCUCCUUGCUUACUCGAGUCACUUGGCUUGCCAAGGAUGUUGUAUGGCUGGCUGCAGAUUCGCGGUAUGGAGAGUAUGUUUCAGUUGCUGCUUGGCUGAGAGACUACCACACACCUGCAUUUGGUGGUGAUCUGGGGAAAUUAGAUGCUGGCAUGUGUCCAGAAACCAAUACCCUACAUGAACAGGAUGUCAAUGCUGCAACUCAGGGGAGAGUUAAAGAUGAUUUUAGUCGUGCUGGAACAAUGGCUGCUGCACUUGUCUUUAAAGUUGUGAAUGGACAUGAAGAAACCGAGAAGGAUGCUCUUACCAUAUUUGCUGAGGCAUCAAAUGGUCAAAUGCCAAACCUGGAUCUGAUCAAUAUUGUAAACUAUCUGGCGGUACAUAGACAAGGAUUGCAUGUAAAAGUGGAGAAAGUAUAUUCUCUACUGAACUCUGUGUGGCUCAAGGUUGUGGGUGAUAUUCUUCAUUUAGUAGGCAAAGUCGCUAGAAGCAUAAAUCCGCAAUGGAAAUUCGCUAUUCCUUUGGAAGAUUAUAUUGAAGGUGCUGCUACACUUGCAAGUUCAAUGUAUCAUCAAGCACUGGGUCUUCCCACUGGUCCGCAUGGUGCUUUCCGUGAUUAUCAAGUUGAUGCUGUUACUUUGGAAAUUUCAUCCAAAGUUUCUUUGCUUAACAAGUCAGCAAGAUAUGAUUUUCUUCUGCGGAUUGGCAGGUUGGUUGAGGGUGUCAUACAGUCAGUUAACAACCUCCUUGAGAAGUUUCACCAGUCGUUCUUCCUCUACUUCUUGACCUCUCCUAGUAAGUUUGUGUCAGUUGGAGUCUACACAAUUGCUUUUGUGCUUCUUGUCAUGCCACUUCCAAUAGUUGCAGCUGCUCUGUAUACUGGUGCUAAUGGGUGGGAUUAUAGCUCAAGUGACAAAUCGAACUCUGCCUCUACUAAUGGGCUUAGCACUGCACUUGAAUCUUGGAGAUGGCUUCAUGCUGCAAGGGUGGUGUUCAUCGUUCAUUUAUGGGGUGCCAUUGUUUCUUUACUUCCCUACCUGAUCUGUCGACUGCAUGGGAUGACUCCAGCAACGAGCAUGCUGUCUUGGGUUUCACUCUCCAUUUGCACCCUCUUUAUCUUGUAUCAGAUUUCUGGUUCUCCUUAUUCAUGCUCCAGUAUGCCUCAAUCACGACACAGACAGUGGGCUAUUAUGAAGGCUGUGAUGAUAGCUGCUGCAGCUAUUGGCCUGGGUAUCAUGUCGAUCAUUAACUUUGCAACAGCUCAGAUUGGAGCUCUGCUGAUGGUCCCAAUGUGUCUAAUGGCCCACCCUUUAAAAUUUGUGCACAGACUUGGACGCUUGAGAGCUCUCACGUUGAUGACCUGUAAUUUGUUUCUUGGAUUUGUCGGAUUCCCUCCAGCAGCAUUACUGCUGAUGAGGAUCUGGUCAGAAGGUGCCAAUGGUGUCAGUAUGGGAGACUUUUGGAUCUGGGUGGAGUCUCUCUGGGCUUGGAAUAGUGCCACUUAUCUCUACUUGGGUUUGAUUCAUCUUCCUUGCUGGUUAUUAUGUGUGCUUAUUCUGUUUCAUCCAUGUUGAAUUUCCCUGUCGGUAAGUUGAUCUUUUGGGCCUUAAGAAAUGUACAUGUAUAUACGGCGAAGAUGAUCUACCAUGCCAAGCAAUUCUUCACCAGGAUGGAAAUGGAAAUCCAGACUAGUAUGUGGCCUCUAUCAUGGAUAUUAUGUCACUGAGUUCCUUUGUGUACACCAAUUGAUGAAGCCACCCACAGACCUGAUCUGAUAAACUUUAUCCUCAUAUGGAAUUCCACUGUUGACGGAACCUUGUCAUCAAUUGCAUCAAGACGUACUUGACGACCCGAGACAUUACAUUUUUUUAUUGCUUUCAAUUUUGUUCAAGAGUUGAAUUGAAAUAUGCACAACACUACUGAAA